UUGACAUAUACCUUAUCUAGAAAUAAUCUCAACUUGUUUCCUGUCAGAAUGUCUAUUGCGACGUACUCCAUAUCGUUACUAGUGCUUUUGACCUUAAGUGUAUCCUUAUGCCAAGGUGACUGUCCAUACACAUUUAAGUUACACGGAGAUUACUGCUACAGAAUAUUUAGUAAAGUUAGGGCAUCUUGGUUUGAAGCAAAGACAUAUUGCAAUAUUGCUGGUGGUGAUUUGGCAACUAUCGAAAGUAAAGAGGAGGAAUUAUAUAUUGAGAGUGAAUUACGAAAUGAACACGGCAAUGUGUCGGCCGGUACACCAGAAAAUUAUUGGUUAGAUGGUAGUGACAUUUUGACUGAAGGAGAAUGGCGAUGGAUGUCAGAGGAAGGCGAAAGUCGUCUUAUAACAGGAUACACGAGAUGGGCACCAGGACAACCAGACAAUGCAGGAACACAGGAACAUUGUCUAGAAAUACGAUACACGUUUGGCGUUUUGUGGAAUGAUUAUCAAUGUCAAGUUCAACAGAACUUUAUAUGCAAGUCAUCAACUGGAUUUGAGACUGGUGUAAUUGGGUAGAAGACUGUUACAGAUUUAAGAUCACUUUAAAUAAAGCACUGAAACAAUAUAAAAACUUGUGUGCACAAUUUCAUUUCUCUCUCUCUCCUUUGCACUGGUUUAUGAGC